GGCAUCUUACAUUUUCGACGUAUUUACAUUUUCGACGGUGUUAGUUAUUCCCCUUUAAAAUCGAGAUCUCGCGUGAUUUCAUGAAGCUCCGCCCUCCCGGAAGUAAACAAACACCGAAUACACACGCUGAGCUGUCAAAGUGUUCAAAAUGGAAAUUAGACAGACCCAGGCAAAUGUUCGGGGCAAGUACAGGUCAUACUCUGCCAGUGACUUGCAUGAGGCAUAUGCUGUAGUGGUGGAACAAGGAUUACCUGUUGAGAGAGUUGCCAAACGUUUUAAUAUCCCAAUCACUACACUGAAAGAUAGAGUGAAGGGCAGAGUACACAUUGAUACUGUUCGGUCUGGUCCUCAAACCAUGUUUACAUUAGAGCAAGAAGCUUUUCUCUGCAAACAUUUGAUGACAAUGGCUGAGAUAGGUUUUGGCUAUUCGAGACAAGAGACAAUCAAUCUGGCAACAGACUAUGCAGUUCAUUUGGGAAUCCGGGAGAAAAGCAAACCAUUCAGCCUUACAUGGCUUUACAGUUUUCUUGAUAGGUGGCCAGAACUAAAGGUGAAAAAGCCACGCAGUCUAGAAAUUGCUCGUGCAAAAUAUGCAACACGUCCUACUAUUGACAGUUGGUUGGAACGCAGCUUGCCACCACCACAUGAGGGAGUCAGGUGGUCGUGUAGUCACACGGUACGAGGUGGGCCGCAUCGCGAGCAAGGUAUACAGCUCUACUCUGACACCUUUAACAUCCAGUCAGCAUUCAGGCGAUGUGGAAUAUACCCCUUCAAUCCUGAUGUCAUCAAUGACAAAUCCAUAGCUCCGUCAUUGACAUUUCACCCACGUCCUGAAUCUAGCACAUGUCCUGAUGAGCUACAAGGUGACAAAUCUGAUCCAAAAAAUGAAACAACCAUGUCUGAAGCUAGGAUCUUUUUAGAGAAAAGGGGCGGUCAAAUCCUAGAGAACGUCACUGUUGCCAAGGUCAGGAGGACACUUAGUAAGGUCGUGGGGGGAAAGCCAAUAAUGAAGACACAGUGUUUGAAAACAUGA